ACGGUAUAUAAUAUUCUGGUGGAAAGAAACGUAAAGAGCAAAACGGCUUUGGCAUGUGACUACUCCCAGUUUGGUAUUCAACACGUUCAGCACUCUUCAGGCUCUUCAGUAUCAUCUCAACCUUCGAGCAAAUAUCAGCAACAAAAAAUACAUCAUUCACUUUAAAAUAAAUCUCAAUUUAUCACAUGGAUAGAAUACGUCUUGGCUAUGUAUCAGCACUGGCAAUUGGUGCUGGAACAGCAGCAUUUUUUGCCUGGUGGUGGUUAUCAAAAAAUAAAAAGCCAAAAUUACCAAAAACAUGGAGAAAAGUUGGUGAAUUAAGUGAUAUAUUUGUAUUUCCAGUAAAAUCACUUGGCUGUGUAAAAGAAAAUGCAAUUGAAUGUACAAAACUUGGUCUAAAAUUAGGAUGGCUUCGUGAUAGAACUCUCAUGGUCAUUGACCUUGAUGGUAACUUUGUAACUGGUAGACAAAAACCAAGAAUGGUCCAGAUAACACCAAGUAUUGCUGGAUCAGUAUUAACACUUGCUGCACCAGGAAUGAUGACAGUAAGUGUUGAUUUAUCAAAUAUUGGAAAAACAUUUAGAGCUGCUGUUUGGGGACAACCAGUACCAGCAGCUGAUUGUGGAGAAGAAAUUGCAAGAUGGUUAUCACGUUUUUUAUUACAAGAAGAUACUGGACUUAGACUUGUUUAUUAUCCACUUGAUCAACCAUCACGUGAUGUAAGAACAGUUAAUUUAGGAUUUCCAUUAAUGGAAAAUGUCGACUCUGGAGCUUAUCCAGAUGCUACAGCUUAUACACUGAUGAAUGAAGCAUCAAUUGCUGAAUUAAAUACAAGAAUUGAAGAUUCAGUAACACCAUUACAAUUUCGUCCAAAUUUUGUUGUAAAAGGUGCUGAACCACUUGAAGAAGACACCUGGGAUUGGAUUAAAAUUGGUUCAGUUGUAUUUAGAAAUGUUAAACCAUGUACUAGAUGUAUUUUCACAACAAUUAGUCCAGAAACUGGUACAAAACAUCCAAAAACUGAACCUUUAAAGACUCUGAGAAACUAUAGACUUGUUGAUGAUCCUGUUUAUCGUAAAUUCACCAAAGACAGCCCAGUGAUGGGUGUUCAUUUGGGUCUCAAGGGUCCAAAUGGUAUUGUACGACUUGGUGAUCCAGUUUACAUUGGUCUUGAUGAUAAUCAUGACAAUAAAAAAUUAAUAUCACCACCAUAGCUAAGGCGUUGGGACUCUUGUGAAUGCAUUUGUCCUGAUCAAUCAUCAAACAAUCAAUCAAACAACGACAACAAUUAAAAAUAAUUUUAAAAAAUUAAUAUUUAACUAUUUUUAAAUAUUUUUUUUACUGUACUUAAUUAAUUAGUUAAAUAAGGAAAAAUAUUACAAGCUUAUUUAUUUUUAUAAUCAAUUUUUGAUAUGAUAAGAAAACUACUUGUCUGUUUAUACUUUUUAUCUGUCAACAGAUACACCGAGGUCAUAAUUUAAAAUUUCUAUCAAACAAAAUUAUAUAAUUUAUAUAAAUUUCUAUAUCCUCAAGUAUUUUACAUUAAUAAUUUUUAAUUUCAAUUUAGUUGUUUAUUUUAUUUCUUAAUUUAUACUCAAUACUUUAUAAGAAUUAAAAAUUGAUUUAUAAUUUUUAUUUGUAUCAAGAAAGAUAGUAAUGAUUGACGUCAUCAAAUAAAUCAUCAUGAUCUAGAUAGUAAUCACAGUCACGUGGUUAAAUUGCUGACAGUAAAUAUGAUUUUAGUCUCUUCUCAACUUCCAAACAAACAUCAACGAUUAUAUUGCCUUAACAUUUCUAUAUUUAAAAUUAAACAUGGGUAUGUUAUUAAAUAUCAUUCAACUGCUUGUAAUUAAUUUUAAUAAACUGUAAUUUAAUUUUAUGACUUUUAAAUGUUGAAUUAAAUUUUUUACUAUGUUUAAA